CAUGUGGAAAUCGUAUUAGAAGAGUCAUUAGAUUUGCGUCGGCUUGAAAUGACGCGCAUGUUUGGUAGUUGGUUCAAGUUUGACAAGAGGAAGCAUUUGUUACUUCAACUUACCAACAAAAAGGUAGAAGCACAAAUUGUAGAUAAGAGAGAAGGACGGGUAGAGGUUACUAUAUCGAGUAUCCAAAAGAGUCUACUUCCUGAUGAAAAGAGACCUGUCAACGCGUAUGGUUGUGCAAAUAUGGAGUCUGCAAGAAAAGUAGGAGAAGAGUUGGCUUCAUUCGCCGAACGACACCGAAUCCGUGAGUUGUGGUUUUUCCCGCCGCGUCCUAGAGGGGGAAGAGUAAAGGAAUUUACAGAACCCUUUAGAAAGCGAGGAAUACGAUUGCUUGACUUUUAAUGGAAGAGAGUUUCCUACCUUAAGUCUGCAAGUUGGGCGCUCUGCUAAACGGCAUUUGUGUAGUAACGAAAUUUUUGUACAUGGAUAGUUUCUUGGUCAGAUCGGAGGCUCAAGCAACUCAAAUAUCUCAUAUUUGCCAGAUUAAAAUAAAACUACUUGUAUACUGUUGCAUCUAGAUUGUAGAUUAGUGAGUAUUUUCACUAGCUCGUCCCCAAGAAACCUUAGAGUGCCACUGCCAUGACUUUUGCAGUAUACUCAAAGGUUUGUCGUUGUCUGUCUUUUGACUUUCACAAAUACAGUAAGUAAUAAUACAAAGGAAUUAUCUCUCAUGGUUAUAUCUUUCUUGAAGGUGCGUUCAAGUGAAUCAA